AGGACAGCCACAGAAGUCCAUCCACUGUCUUUGCCAGAUGUGUCUCCUAAAAGGACAGUGCUGAUAGUUAAACACUCCAGCCUCCUGAAAGAGAGGAUACUGAUUCAGGUGCUGCAGAAACUCUCCAGGAAUAAUGUUUCAUGCUGUAAUCCUCGUCGCAUUUCUGGCCUGUCUGGUGUCCUCACAGGGCCCACCCAGAGAGGGUUACUGUGCCUUCUAUGAGGAGUGUGGUCGUAACCCAACUGUGGACGGUAGCCUGAUUCCUCCCAUUGUUCCAUGUCUCAAUUACAGCGCAGCCCGACACCUUACAGGAGAGCAUUACAGAAGGCUCAAAGAGGUGUGCCCCAUGUUAGACAAAGGAGAAGGCAACACAUAUGCCUGCUGCUCCCUGGGACAACUCUCCUCUCUGGAAAGGAGUUUGAGUCUUUCCAAAAACCUGCUGGUUCGCUGCCCAUCCUGUGCUGAGAACUUUGCCCACCUGCACUGUAUCACCACCUGCAGCCCCAACCAGACUCAGACCUUAAAUGUCACAAAGGUUAUGAAUGUAACGUAUCUGAAUGCAACGAGGGAGGUAGUGGUGGCCUACCAGGCAUACAUCAGCAGCGAGUUCUCAGAAGGUGCCUUUAAUUCUUGCAGAAAUGUCAGGAUUCCAUCCACAGGAGGUUUUGCCAUCGCCACCAUGUGUGGUCGUUAUGGAUCGAAGCUGUGCACAGCCCAGCGUUGGUACGAUUUCCAGGGGGACACCAGCAAUGGUCUGGCGCCAUUGGACAUUGACUUUCGGCUGAUAGCGAACAAUGACACUUCCGGAGUACCAGAGGGGAUUAUUCCUUACAGUGGGCAUGCUAUAGGGUGUAAUGAGAUCACAACAACAGGCGAGGAGGCCUGCUCCUGCCAGGACUGCCUAGAGUCAUGCCCUCCUGUGCCACCCCCACCUCCACUUCCUGAACCUUUCAUGCUGCUAAGUAUGGAUGGAUAUCUGCUGAUAUGUAUAAUCUUAUUCUGUCUUCUGAUGUUAGCCUUUUUGUUUUACCUCAUUGUGUCUUGCUACGUGGAAUAUCAAAACAAGAAACACUAUCGGACAUCUAAAUUAAAUAAAAAAAUCAAGGAUGAAAACAGUAAUGAAGUGGGUGAGCGCAUCAUCGACCCAUCAGAGGUGACAUGUCUAGAGAAAAAUAGUUUUGCAGCUCAAGCUUUUAUGAGUCGUCAGUUUCAACGUUGGGGAACCUUAAUGGCUUCUUAUCCCCUCAUUGUUAUCUUGGUGGCGGCCGUCAUUGUGGCUGUUUUCGCUGUUGGCCUCAAGUCAAUCCGGCUCACCACUGAUCCAGUUGAGCUGUGGUCUGCUCCCAACAGCAGGGCCCGCCAGGAGAAGGACUUCCAUGAUGAAAACUUUACUCCUUUCUUCAGGACUAACCAGCUCAUCCUGACAGCACCAGGAAGAACAGGUCACCUUUAUGAUUCACUGCUGUUUGGGCCGCAGAACUUUAGCGGGCUUAUAUCCAAAGAUCUCAUCAUUGAGCUGCUGAAUCUCCAGAGAAAAAUACAGGAUAUUCAGUUCUGGUCAGAUGAUUUGAACCGAAAUGCGUCCCUGAAGGACGUGUGUUACGCACCUCUAAACCCAUCUAACCCUUCCCUUACUGACUGUGCAGUAAACAGCCUGCCACAGUACUUCCAGAACAGUCUGGAGAAUAUUGAUGCUAAAGUAAAUAUGACUGAGCUCGGAGUGACCAAGGAGGUAGACUGGAGGGACCAUCUAAUCUACUGCCUCAACUCCCCGCUCUCCUUCAAAGAUAUCACAGAUUUAGGAAUGAGCUGUAUGGCUGACUAUGGGGCUCCAGUAUUUCCAUUUCUAGCAGUAGGAGGCUAUGAAGAUGAUGGAUACACCAACUCUGAAGCCUUCAUAAUGACCUUUUCUCUCAACAACUAUGGUCGUGACGACCCCAAAUUUAAAGUAGCCUUGCAGUGGGAAACAGAAUUUCUCAAAAUUGUCCAGGACUACCAAAGAAGCCCAGAAUGCAAAUUUACUUUCGCAUACAUGGCUGAGAGGUCCCUGGAGGAUGAAAUUAAUCGAACGACAGCAGAAGAUAUUCCCAUCUUCAUGAUCAGCUAUGCUGUGAUCUUUGUUUAUAUCGCAGUGGCACUGGGGGAGUACUCUUCAUGCAAACGCUUACUGGUGGAUUCAAAGUUUUUAGUGGGUUUAGGAGGAAUUCUGGUGGUGGUCUGUUCGGUUCUGGCCUCCAUGGGUUUCUACUCAUGGAUUGGGAUCCCAUCCUCGCUGGUCAUUCUGCAGGUCGUGCCUUUCCUGGUGCUCGCUGUUGGAGCUGACAACAUCUUCAUCUUUGUUUUGGAGUACCAGAGGGAUGUAAGGGAGAUGGGAGAGACCCGAGAGCAGCAAAUUGGCCGCGUGCUUGGACGGGUUGCACCCAGUAUGCUGCUGUGCAGUCUGUCAGAAUCUGUCUGCUUCUUUUUAGGGGCCUUGUCCACCAUGCCGGCCGUGAAGGCCUUUGCUCUGUAUGCUGCUUUGGCCAUCCUCAUGGACUUCUUCCUCCAGAUCACAGCCUUUGUGGCACUUUUGUCCCUGGAUGCUAGGCGCCAAGACAACAACCGGUGUGAACUGCUUUGCUGUGUUACUGUGUCAAAAGAACGUGCCAAUAAACCAAAUGAGGGCUUUUUGCUGCCUUUUAUGAGAAAGUUCUACGCCCCCGUCUUGCUGCACAGUGUCACCAGGAUCAUAGUGAUGGUGGUUUUCAUCUUCAUGGCGUGUGCUUCGAUAUACCUCAUGCUGCAUGUGAAAGUUGGUUUGGAUCAGGAGCUGGCGAUGCCCAAGGGUUCCUACAUGCUGGACUAUUUUCAGUAUCUCUACAAAUACUUUGAAGUUGGCGUCCCAGUAUAUUUCGUGACAAAGAGAGGAUAUGACUUCAGCACGGUGGAGGGCAUGAACGGUGUGUGCUCCAGCGUGGGCUGCGAUCAGUUCUCCAUGACUCAGAAGAUCCGCUAUGCCACAGACUAUCCUGAACGAUCCUACAUGGCUAUUCCUGCUAACUCGUGGGUGGAUGAUUUUAUUGACUGGUUGAACCCUGGAUCCAGAUGCUGCCGCCUCUACACAGCAGGUCCAAAUGUUGGAGAAUUCUGUCCUGCAAACAUAACCGGUUUAAACUGUUUAAAGAAAUGCUUGCCGAAUCCUGAAGAUGGUGUUGUACGGCCCAACUUGACACAGUUCAACCGCUUCCUCCCUGAAUUUCUGGCUAACAGGCCUGACCUGCAGUGCUCCAAAGGUGGUUUAGGAGCUUACGAUACAGCAGUGGUGCGAAGCGAAACUGGAGAAAUAGUAGCCUCUCGGUUCAUGGCAUAUCACUCUCCACUGACCAACUCUCAGGAGUUCACAGCUGCCCUGAAAAAAGCCAGAGAGCUGGCCGACGAAAUCACCAAGGGCAUGAGGAAUAUUAAUGGCACCUCUCCUGACUUUGAAGUAUUUCCUUACACGAUUACUUACGUGUUUUAUGAGCAAUACCUGACUAUUGUGGAAGAAGGGCUCUUCAACAUCGGCCUUUGUCUCAUACCGACCUUUGUGGUGUGCUGCCUGCUGCUGGGUUUGGACCUGAUCUCCGGCUUCCUCAACCUGCUCACCAUCCUCAUGAUUGUGGUGGACACCGUUGGGGUCAUGACCUUAUGGAGCAUAGACUACAACGCAGUGGCCCUGAUUAAUCUGGUCACGGCAGUGGGUAUAUCUGUGGAGUUUGUGUCCCACAUGACCAGAGCCUUUGCUCUCAGCACUAAGAUGACACGCAUUGAAAGAGCAAAGGAGGCGACAGCCAACAUGGGCAGUGCAGUGUUUGCUGGUGUUGCAAUGACCAAUUUGCCAGGCAUUAUUGUUUUGGCAUUUGCUAAAGCUCAGCUGAUCCAGAUUUUCUUCUUCCGCUUAAAUCUUGUCAUCACUCUCCUGGGACUGGCCCACGGACUCAUCUUCCUCCCUGUGCUGCUCAGUUACUUCGGUCCUGGUGUGAAUAAAGCAGUGCUGUUGCACCAACAACAGGAUAGAGAACAAUCAAUGACGGAUGAAAAACCUAAAGAGGUGUAUGAAAACAUUGCACUUUAAAAGCAUGAAUUAAAACU